AUAUAUAUAUAUAUAAAGAAAGAGAAUGCUAUAACUUGCCACGUGUUCGCCGGCUCUUUUCAGCUUAUACACUCUCUUUCUUUAAGCUCUACCUCAUCAUUCCUCCCAUGGCAGCAGCCGCUGGUUCUUCAGUCUCUAUGCAGGCUCGUCCUAGUGUGGCUGCAACCAGAAUCUCUAGUCUGAGGUCUUUUUCACUUCCAAACCAGAGAAAUUUCCUGUCCUUUAGGGUGCGGCCAGUUCCAGCUCGCCUUCAGGUUUCUUGUGCUGCCAAGCCAGGAACUGUGGAAAAGGUGUGUGAAAUAGUGAAGACACAGCUGGCAUUACCACCUGAAAUUGCUGUUACUGGCGAGUCAAAAUUUGCAGCCCUGGGAGCAGAUUCUCUUGAUACGGUUGAGAUUGUGAUGGGACUUGAAGAGGAAUUUGGUAUUAAUGUGGAAGAAGAGAGUGCCCAGAGCAUCAUAACAGUUCAGGAUGCUGCUGAUCUUAUUGAGAUACUUGUUGAGAAGAAGGGUGCUUAGAAGAAAUGCUCAUUACAAUUAGAAUUCUAUUUUCAAGCUUUUUGUUAGCCUGCUUUGGUAGUGCUAGGCAAUCUUGUUGUGAACUAUGUAUUCGCCGGUUUCACCUAGAAUAACUGGUAAAUUGCUCAAUUAUGAAGACCUUAAAUUGCUGAUUUGUCAAA